CCUAACGGACAACUGCAAGGACGCCCCACCGACCGACCCACCAUGGCACCUGUCGGGGGCAAGAAAGCCAACAAGGGGAUUCUAGACCGGUUGAAUGGGGGCGAGGUGGUGAUUGGAGAUGGAGGGUUUGUCUUCGCCCUGGAGAAGAGGGGGUAUGUGAAAGCUGGACCCUGGACCCCGGAAGCGGCCGUAGAGCACCCGGAAGCUGUUCGUCAGCUUCACCGAGAGUUCCUCAGAGCCGGAUCAAAUGUUAUGCAGACUUUCACCUUUUAUGCAAGUGAAGACAAGUUGGAGAAUAGAGGAAAUUAUGUUGCGGAGAAAAUAUCCGGGCAGAAGGUGAACGAGGCUGCGUGUGACAUUGCCCGGCAAGUGGCUGACGAAGGAGAUGCCUUGGUAGCCGGAGGCGUCAGUCAGACCCCGUCCUACCUCAGUUGCAAGAGUGAAACUGAAGUGAAAAACAUCUUUCGGCAGCAGCUAGAGGUCUUUACCAAAAAAAAGGUGGACUUCUUGAUUGCAGAGUAUUUUGAGCACGUCGAAGAAGCCGUGUGGGCGGUUGAGGCUUUAAAGGAGUCUGGGAAGCCGGUGGCGGCUACCAUGUGCAUCGGCCCAGAGGGAGAUCUGCACGGAAUUCCGCCCGGAGAAUGUGCCGUCCGGCUGGUCAAGGCUGGAGCUUCUAUUGUUGGAGUGAACUGCCAUUUCGAUCCGACGACUAGCCUACAAACCGUGAAGCUUAUGAAAGAGGGUUUGGAGGCAGCGAGAUUGAAAGCUCACCUGAUGGCCCAGCCACUGGCUUACCACACUCCUGACUGUGGCAAACAGGGCUUUAUUGACCUCCCAGAGUUUCCUUUUGGCCUGGAACCCAGAGUUGCUACCCGGUGGGACAUCCAGAAAUACGCCCGCGAGGCCUACGAGCUGGGCGUGAGGUACAUCGGCGGCUGCUGUGGGUUCGAACCCUACCACGUCCGAGCCAUCGCCGAGGAGCUGGCCCCGGAGCGGGGGUUUCUGCCGCCGGCGUCCGACAAGCACGGGAGCUGGGGCAGCGGCCUGGACAUGCACACCAAACCCUGGAUUAGGGCCAGGGCGAGGAAGGAGUAUUGGCAGAAUCUGCCGCUCGCUUCUGGCAGACCGUACUGUCCUUCCAUGUCACGGCCAGAUGCUUGGGGUGUGACCAAAGGGGCCGCCGAGCUGAUGCAGCAGAAAGAGGCAACCACUGACCAACAGCUGAAGGACCUCUUUCAGAAACAGAAGUUCAAAUCGGGAUUAGUUUAACCAGUACCUUGAUGUUUCCUGGAGCUCAUCUGUCAGUGCCUGAUUCACUUUGCCCUUUAAGACAGGUGGGGAGCCUAUGGAAGCACAAUGCUCCUAUUAAUUAAGUAACGUACCUCUUGUCUCUCCGAGGUAGCAAGUUUCCUCUAAAUGUAAUCUUUAACGAUACAUAGACCCAGAGAAUAAAAUGUUUUUCAGACAUGUA